GACUAUUUUUCUCCACAGGAAAAAAACAUCAAAAUACACGACAAAAGUCUACGUCUCACAAAUAGGUUUUUUUGUUUCUCCGUAAAAUUUUAACGUCCCUUUAUUAAUUAUAAAUACAAAUAAUAACAAGCAACCGUUUGUGUCUCUUGUAAACAAAGAUUGACUUUGUCUAAUAAGACGACCUAGAAGAAUUCUGAGGAAGAAAGUGGAAUAAAGAAUGGAUGACAAUUUAUGGCUCAUUGAAUUGGAAUCCGCCUUGCUGGAUGACUGCAAUGUCAACGACAUCUAUGGCAUUUGCCAAGGCAAAUCCCUGCCAGAGGCCUUGCGCCCAGACGUCUGGCAAGUGUGUCUCGAUGUGCGCCACAAAAGUGACCAAAUGUCACUGUUCAAUGAAAUCUACGACCUACCCUUUCAAAAUAAGCUAAGAGAAGACUGUCAAAAGAUGCUGGAACGCAUUGGGAAUGAUGAUGAGGACAAGGUAUCGGUGCUAUCCGAUUUGGAAUCCAUAUUGACGUUCUAUUGUAAAAAUCGUAAUUUGCAAUAUGAGACCGACAAUGGUUGGAUUGAGUUGCUACUGCCGUUGCUGGCAUUGAAAUUGAAUCGUUCAGAGACCUACAAUCUGUUCGAAGCCAUACGUGAUACCUACAUACCGAAGGGUUGUAAACCCAAGGGGAAUGUAUUUCAUGUCUUUCGCCUGCUCAUACUGUAUCAUGAUCCGGAGCUAUGCACAAUGUUGGACACAAAGAAAAUCUCCCCUGAUUUGUAUUCGCAACAAUGGUUUCAAUGCCUGUUUGCCUCAUCCUGUAGUUUUUCAGUGAUCUUAUCAAUGUGGGAUUUGUACUUUCAACAUGCCGAUCCAUUUUUGGUAUUCUUUUUGGGUCUAAUCAUCCUGAUCAAUGGUCGUGAACAGAUAUUGGCAUUGAAGGAUUCUUCCAAGGAACAAAUCGUAGAGUUUCUUUCAAAUAUGCCAUGUGCUCUGGAGCCCGACGAUGUUGUGGAUUUUUGUCUAUUGGCCCAGUAUUAUUCAAUGAAAACGCCCAGCUCAUUUAAAACGGACUUUUUGAAGGCUCUGUAUGGCAAGCAGAAUGAAAAGGGAACACCUGAGGAAUGUUCGGUGUCACAGGCCCUCUGUCUUCCCGUCUCCGUUUAUGAACUGGUGGAAAACUCCUCCAUUGACCUUAGCUCCACAGAAGCGGUGCGAUUCUUUUUGGUUGAUUGUCGUCCAGCGGAACAAUAUAAUGCCGGCCAUUUGUCAACUGCCUUCCAUUUAGAUUGUAACCUGAUGCUGCAGGAGCCGGUGGCAUUUGCAACGGCCGUACAAGGUCUACUCUCAGCUCAAAGACAAUCCAUAGAGGCCAAUUCGAAUGCGGGCGGUGAACAUUUGUGUUUCAUGGGCAGUGGCCGGGUGGAAGAGGACCAAUAUACGCAUAUGGUUGUGGCAUCAUUUUUGCAGAAAAAUACCAAAUAUGUUUCGUUGCUAAGCGGUGGCUAUAAUGCCAUCCAUGAUUAUUUUGGUGAUCACAUGGCCGAUUGUUUGGAAGAUCACGAGCCGAAAAAAUGUCUGGUUUGUACACGCAACAGUACGGGUUCGCUGUUUGAGGGAGUGCAAAUGCGCCAGAAGACGGGACAGCAGGCAAAACGUGAUUCCUCUUCGAAACAGGGCGGGUCGGAUUUCUUCAAUCGUUUUUCACAAGUCAUGAAAUUUAAGACGGCCGAGGUAAAGGGUAAACUUUUGGAUAUUAUUGUAAAUCCCACAAAUGGUGCUAAUAAUGCAGGAUCGGCAGCUGGUGGGGAUGGCAAUAAUCAGGCAAAUCAAAUGCCUGUACAACAGCGACAUGUAUCGGCGGCCGAAAGGAAUGGUAAAAGGUAUCGCAAUGUGGCUCCCGUCUUUAGUAUUGAUGAUGAACAUGAUGGUGACUUUGAGGGGGGCAAUCAUGCGCUGGAAGAUGGCAGAGAAUCGGCAGCAAAUGCUGCCACAAAAUUGCCAGGUGAUAGCAAAGAGAUUGUAACCUUAAAUAAUUAUUUAAAAUCCCCAGACAUUAUGAAUGCCUUCAAGUGCCAAGAGGUCCAUAUGAAUGGUUAUAUGUAUGAUUCCCAUUUGAUUAUAACACCCACACAUUUGAUUGUGCUGCGCGAAAUGCCGCGGGGACAGGCCCAGAUUAUUGUGCGACGGCCAUUGGCCAGCAUUGUUAAGAUAACGGCGAAAAAACGCCAUCGUGAUUUGAUAACAUUUAAGUAUGGUUUCCCCGAUGGUGAUGGCCUGCUCAUAACCGAUAUGGACCGGUUUCUAAUACCCAAUGCCAGUGAGGCAACCGCCAUAGUGUCAAAGCACAUUGUCCAGACAUUGGAUGACAGUGCAAAAUUAACGUAAUCUUUGUAAGAACGCCGACAAGGAGACAUUCUUUUUUUCGGACACACACAGCAAUUAACUGUAAAGAAGUUAUAGUUGGCAGCACCCAUGUAGUUGCAGUUUUUUGUAAUGUAAAUGCCUAUUCUGUAGCCCCUAACUGGAAAGCAUAAACAAAAUGUAGAACUCUUAUAAAAUAAGCGUUUUUAAAAAUAUAAAAAAACCUAAAUUUUUGUAAGUGGUACUUAACAACAAGAAAGACUUGAAGGCAUCUAUUUUGGAGAUUCUAAAGAGAAGAUGAUGGAAUUAAAUGAGAGUCCAAAGAUUGUCAGAAAAUCAUUUGCGGUUGUAUAAAGAUGCAAGCUUUUAUACAAUACAAAAAAAAGGUUCCUCAAUUAUGGCAACAAAAAAAAAAAAACCCGUGUUGAGAAAUAAGUAGUAAGGCAUAAAUUAAAAAAAAAAAUAGUUUUAUUAAACAUAUAUAUUUUUAUUUUGUUUUAUGUUCAUAUUUGUUAUAGAAAUCAUUUUUGUUUUAAAAUCCAAUGUAUUUUUUUUUCAAGGCUAUGUAUGGUGUCACUCAUACAAUACCCAAAUAGCUCAGAGCGCUUCCAAAUAUCAUCCCCCCCCCAAAACUAAUAUACUAAUAUGACUCCUCCCUUAUGUUUUAUGUUAAACUCCUCUCCCUCCCUAUUAUAUAUCCUAUAUUUAUAGCAAACCCAAACUAAAAUCCUAACAUUAUUGACCAUCUAUAUAUUUAUAUAUGUAGUAGAAUUAGCAAAAACAUUUUCCGUUUGUAAGAUACUAUCAAAUUUUUAACAAUUAAGUUCUGCUUUCAACAUCCCUUUCCCAGUUCUUAUUUUAACAUCACAUCAAUAUAAACCAUAAUAAAUAAAUUACACAAGUUAUAUAUGUAGUUGAAAAAC